GGCCAGGGGAGCAGGCAGCGAGCCAUGGCCUCCAUGGGGAUGCAGGUGCUGGGCAUCGCCCUCUCCGUCAUCGGGUGGCUGGCUUCCAUCCUCUGCUGCGCGCUGCCCAUGUGGCGGGAGACGGCCUUCGUCGGGAACAACAUCGUGGUGGCGCAGAUCAUCUGGGAAGGGCUGUGGAUGAGCUGCGUGGUGCAGAGCACGGGGCAGAUGCAGUGCAAGGUCUACGACUCCAUGUUGGCGCUGCCACAGGACCUGCAAGCCGCCCGCGCCCUGCUGGUGGUGGCCAUCAUCUUGGCCGUCCUGGGCUUAAUGGUGGCCAUCGUGGGUGCCCAGUGCACCCGCUGCGUGGAGGACGAGAGCACCAAAGCCAAGAUCACCAUCGUCUCCGGCGUCAUCUUCCUCCUCUCUGGUGUAAUGACCCUCAUCCCUGUCUGCUGGUCGGCCAACACCAUCAUCCGGGAUUUCUACAACCCGCUGGUGAUCGAAGCGCAGAAGCGAGAGCUGGGCACCUCGCUCUACGUGGGCUGGGCGGCCUCGGCGCUGCUGCUGCUCGGGGGGGGGAUCCUGUGCUGCACCUGCCCCCCCCGCGGGGAGAAGCCUUAUUCCGCCAAAUUCACGGCUGCUCGCUCGCUGCCAGCCAGCAACUACGUGUAGGUUCCGCCUGCCCGGAGCCCCCGGCCGCUCCAGGGAGGGGGGACCUCCGGGGACAGCAGCCUCCCCGGCCGGGCUGCCACUGGCCGGGCGCCGGGGUGGUGCGAGGGAGCGCAGACAGAGCCGCCUUUGUUCCACCGGGAUUGGAGCCGGUUCUUUAAUCUCGGUUGAGACAGGGGACAAGGAGAUCCUGUCCUGGCUGCCCGCGGUGGGCGUCCUGCUCCCCCCGGAGCAUCCAGCUGAGGCAUCUUCUCUGAGACACCGCCUGAUCUCCUGGGGCAUUUCCUGGCUCCCGGUAUCGGGGUGUGCCAUGGGGUGACACAGCUCCCGAGAGCCCGUCCCAGGCUGGCAGAGCGCUCUCUUUCCCUGCGUGAAGCUCCCCGGGACGUGUCCGUCCCCCGGGGUGGGUGGCGGUGUCGGUGCUGCAGGGACAGCCAGCCUGUCCCACGCGCUCACAGGGACGUGGUGGCUCUGCAAACCCCGGCAGGGUCUUGAGGGGUGACAAGGGCUCUCACCCGCCUAUUCCCUAAAUUUUGACUUUGACCUACUUUCGGGGCUCGGAGCGGCCGUACAGUGUGAUUUCUCGCGGCAGCUCCCCAGGGCGGGGGCAUCAUUAUCCUGGGAGUGGGAAGGCAGCGGCCGGGCUGGGAAAACCGGUCGGGGAGGCGGGACCGGAGCGGAGCUGUGCCCCCGCAUGCUGGGGGGCGACUCCGGACCCGACCCCAUCCCUCUGCCCACGGUGGGGUGCCCGGGGCCGGGAGGGGGUUCUCACGGUACCCCUGCUGCGCUGCCGUCCC